UGUUGACCACUUAGUACUUCCUAGUUUCUACAUAAGAAGCUGCAACAAAGUCCAAAAACACCUUAAUUUCAAUGAUCAUGUUUUGAUCAUUGCAAACAAAAACAAACACAAAGUUACAAUCUUUUCACACAAGGUUGCAAAUUUCUCAUUUUGAAAGAUGGGUGUUGGAAAUCAAGAUGCAAUUAAGCAGUUGCAGUGUUUAAUGGAAAAUGUGGAUGAGCAAUUGAAGAUCACAUUCAAGAAUAUCCACAUGGGAUAUCCUGCUGAAACAUUAGCGCGAUUUCUCAAAGCUAGGGACGGAAAUGUUGCCAAAGCUCAUAAAAUGUUAAUUGAUUGCUUACAUUGGAGAGUGGAAAAUGAGAUUGACAAAGUUUUAGCAAAGCCAAUCCCAGCGGAUUUGUACAAAGGUGUGCGAGAUUCUCAACUCAUAGGAAUGUCUGGUUACACAAAAGAGGGCCUACCAGUUAUCGCUAUUGGCGUUGGGCUCAGUACAUAUGACAAAGCAUCUGAGAAAUACUAUAUACAGUCACACAUCCAAGUGAACGAAUAUAGGGAUCGGGUGAUCUUGCCAACAGCUACAAAGAAGCACGGAAGAUAUAUUGGCACCUGUGUGAAAGUCUUGGAUAUGACUGGUUUGAGAUUUUCAGCACUCAACCAAUUAAGGCUUUUGACAGCUAUAUCUACAAUAGAUGACUUGAACUACCCUGAAAAGACCGACACAUACUAUAUAGUUAAUGCGCCAUAUGUAUUCUCUGCAUGUUGGAAGGUUGUAAAGCCUCUUUUACAAGAAAGAACAAGGAAGAAAGUCCAGGUGCUACAAGGCUGUGGGAAGGAUGAAUUACUCAAGGUAAUGGACUAUGCAUCUCUCCCACACUUUUGCAAAAAACAAGAUUCCAAGUCAUCAAGACAUAAUGCAAGCGGAUCAAAUAUCGAAAACUGUUUCGUCUUCAAUCAUGUCUUCCAUCAACAACUCUAUAACUACACAAAGCAACAAGCUAACUUUGCAGAAUCAAGAUCACCAAUGAGACAAGGAUCUUUCUAUGUAGAGAUACCAGAGACAGCUCCCGAGGAUGCUAAAAUAGCCAAAACCAUUGAAGUUGAGUUUCACAAAUUGGAAAAUCAGAAUAAUGGAACCAUUGAAGUUGAGUUUCACAAAUUGGAAAUUCAGAAUAAUGGCUUUACCAACUCGCGAAAAGGUGUUGCGGUUAAUGGACAUUGAGAGAAAGCUUGUGAAGAUUCUGAGGCACUUUUUAUUUCUUCAUUGCUUUAUGAAAUUAUGAAAUAUAUAUCUAUUUGACAAGAAAGGUUAUACCUAUUGUUUAGAAGGGUUAUACCAGGUUAUUAUUAUUAGAUGUAAUAUUGUAAUGUUUGCAUCAACUCAGAUGCAUAUAUAUUCAGACACAAACUUUAAUCUAAUUUUGAUAACCACUUUGGAUGAUGAGGAUAUGAUAUAUGAUAUGAUAUUUAUUUUA